GGGACACCCUUCUCGGCGCCCCGGCGGUAACCGUGGAGUUCGCUCGCUGCCGCUCAACUUUCGCACCCGGGAAAGAAAUAUGGGAUGUAUAAAAUCAAAAAGGAAAGAGAAUCUGCAUGGAGAUGGGCUAGAUUUGAAGAAUCAACCAGUACGUAAAACUGAACGAACUAUUUAUGUGAGGGAUCCAACGUCCAAUAAACAGCAAAGGCCAGCAAAUCCAGAAGCACAGCUCUUACCAGGACAGAGGUUUGUCACUGAAGAAACAGAGGAGCAUGGAGUCAUUGUGGUAGCUUUGUAUCCCUAUGAUGGCAUUCAUGAAGAUGACUUGUCCUUCAAAAAAGGAGAAAAAUUGAAAGUUAUUGAGGAGCUGGGAGAAUGGUGGAGAGCAAAAUCUCUCACGACGAGGAAGGAAGGCUUCAUUCCCAGCAACUACGUAGCAAAAGUAAACACCCUGGAAACAGAAGAGUGGUUCUUCAAAGACAUAACCCGAAAAGAUGCCGAAAGACAACUCUUGGCUCCUGGAAAUAGUCCUGGAGCUUUCCUUAUCAGAGAAAGUGAAACAUUAAAAGGCAGCUAUUCUCUCUCCAUAAGAGACUAUGAUCCACAGCAUGGCGAUGUUAUUAAGCACUACAAAAUUAGGAGUCUAGACAAUGGAGGAUUUUACAUCUCUCCGAGAAUAACUUUUCCCAACAUCAAUGAUAUGAUCAAACAUUAUCAAAAGCAAUCAGAUGGCUUAUGCAGAAAGUUGGAAAAAGCUUGUAUAAGUCCCAAGCCUCAAAAACCAUGGGAUAAAGAUGCAUGGGAAAUUCCACGGGAAUCAAUUAAAUUAGUGAAGAAACUUGGAGCUGGUCAGUUUGGAGAAGUCUGGAUGGGUUACUAUCAUAACAGUACGAAAGUGGCUGUGAAGACUCUGAAGCCUGGAACGAUGUCUGUGCAAGCCUUUCUGGAGGAAGCCAACCUCAUGAAAACACUUCAGCAUGAUAAGCUCGUUAGGCUUUAUGCUGUAGUGACCAAAGAAGAACCUAUUUAUAUUAUAACAGAAUUCAUGGCAAAAGGAAGUUUGCUGGAUUUUCUGAAGAGUGAUGAAGGAAGUAAAUUGUUGCUUCCAAAGCUAAUUGACUUCUCUGCUCAGAUUGCAGAAGGAAUGGCAUACAUAGAAAGAAAAAAUUAUAUCCAUCGAGAUUUGAGAGCAGCAAAUGUUCUGGUUUCGGACUUACUGAUGUGCAAAAUUGCUGAUUUUGGACUAGCGAGAGUCAUCGAAGACAAUGAAUAUACAGCAAGGGAAGGUGCGAAAUUCCCUAUUAAAUGGACAGCACCAGAGGCAAUUAACUAUGGAUCUUUCACUAUUAAAUCUGAUGUGUGGUCAUUUGGGAUUCUCCUGUAUGAAAUCGUUACAUAUGGAAAGAUUCCUUAUCCAGGUAUGAGCAAUUCAGACGUGAUGGUUGCUCUUCAGCGCGGGUACCGAAUGCCACGCAUGGAAACCUGUCCAGCGGAGCUUUACGAUAUCAUGAAAACAUGCUGGAAAGACAAAGCAGAAGAGAGGCCAACAUUUGAUUAUCUACAGAGUGUGCUUGAUGACUUCUACACAGCAACAGAAGGCCAGUAUCAACAACAGCCAUAGAACAAAGAACACUUUUUCUAUUGAAAUGGAUCAUUGGCACAGACUUCUUAUUUGGACAGACUGCUCGAACCAAUUACUUCAUGAGUUUGGAUGUCUUAACUGAGUGCGGAAGCUGAAAUGCUGAAGGAAAGAGUAAUUCUGCAGAGAAAUAAUGUUUUUAUUUGGUUAAAACAGUUCCUGUAAAGCUUGAAGUUCUCCUUAAAUGCUCUGUGUUUUGCAUCUGCAGAAACAUCCCAAAGCAAGCAGGCUUUUUGGGGUGGGGAGGGAGAAGGAAGGAAAGCAAUCAUGCACUGGUAGUUUGACAACGCCUUCUUAGGAUCUAAGUCAUGCAAUACAUUACAAGGAGACCUUUAUAAGAGGGGCGAGAAGAUGCACGAACAGCUGUUUUCAAAAGAAAAAGUCAUGAAGGAGAACUUAGAGAUUUAAGACAUGGUGAUGUUCUUAAAUUAUCUUUUUUGAAAUACAGCAUAUUGUGAAAAUUAUUUUUAUAUCCUUGUUAUUUCACAUUAGUGUCUGGAGUACUGUCACCUCUUGUAAGACUUUCUAAACGGUGUCAUGGUUUCCUUUAAGGAAGGGUUAUGUAUGUAAUUCUUUACACUGAAGAUGAUUCUGUUUUACUGCUGUAUUACUCAUACUAAAUUUGAAAUCAUUUUCAAAGCAUCGCACAGCCAUCACAGAUGCCGAAGUGCAAUACGAACACACGUGACGGCAGAAGCGGCAGCACACCUAGCUCUGUGUUCAACCUUCAGUUUCCCACAAGGCCAAAGUCAUCAUCUGAAGUCCAUGGGAAAGCACAGGAUUUUGAAGGAAGUUAAUACUUGCAUUGCAGUCGCUGAGACUGUUACCAGUGAAAAUAUUUUAAUCUUAAUUUUUAAUCCUCUGUGAUUAUUCAAGAAUAUUCCUUACAUUUUUGCUGCUUUAAUCAACUAACCUCAAAUCUGUUUUAAAGCUAAAACUAGCUCUAGCACUAUCAAAAACAAUUUGUGGAAAUAUGCAAUAGGAUGUCAAGUUACAUUGCAGUGACACUAUAGGUUUGUUGCUCAGUAUAUAAAUCUAAUUCAUAAAAGUGAAUGCAGUUUGCUAAGUUCUACCUAUUGAAUUGUUCUAUCAAAUUACUUACCAAAACAGCUGAGCUAGUGCAAUUGCAAUGUAACUACAGCAUAGAUUCUUUUUUUUUUCCAAAGUGACACUGGUUCUUACAACUGAAACCCAGUACAUCUUUGCCACCCCUCAGCCCAACUAUUUAGGCAAAUGGUACUUUGCAGAAGCUUAAAACCCUUUUGAUAAAGCUUCAGUGUGCCUGCAGGUGAAGUUCAGCAGCAUAAAUAUUCAUUGCUUUUCUUUUCCAUUGGCUUCCUUCAGUCAAACUGUGCCGUUUAAGCAGACUAUCAGUUAAAUAUGUAAAUAGUUUCUAUUGUAUGGUGAUUUUUAAUUUGAAUAAACACUUAAUCUGAA